CCUCAGGCAGCGAGUGCCACCUGCCUGCUGGUGUUGUAUGCCCUCGCACACACAUGGCCCAUAGUGAGGCUUCAGCGUGGAAACCCCCUGGAAACCGUCGAGAGACCCAAGUAUCAGUCUCCACACAAAUCCAAAGCUGUGUUCCUGGGGGAGCAGAGCGGUGGGGGUCUGGGUUGGGCGUUGGGGGUAGGGAUAUGUGACAGUAUGGAAUGGAGUGGGGGGGGUUCUCUGGGGAAUCAAUUUCCUCCUCGUCCAGGCUUCGACUGCGCCUGCCAGCUACGGGACACAGUUGGCCUGGAGCGUUUUUGCAGCCUAACUCCUAGCUACAUUCAUGAUUCAACUAUUGCAGUGGUUGUCUAUGACAUCAGGAACAUUAAUUCUUUCAAGGAGACAGAUAAGCGAGUAGAACACGUAUGGGCAGAAAGAGGUGAUAAUGUCGUCAUCAUGUUGGUGGGUAACAAGACUGAUCUAAACAACAAAAGAGGAGUCUCUGCAGAAGAGGGGGAAGAAAAAUCCAGAGAUCUCAACAUGAUGUUUAUAGGGACCAGUGCCAAAACCACUUACAACGUGAAUAAUGUAAUACCCAUUUCUCUUCAUGAUACUUCCAUUGCACUCUUGUCUCUAGCUAACCACCACUGCUUACUCUUUUGGAUAACCUUGACUUGUCCUAUCGUGGGGAGGGGGUAAGGUUCAUCUCCCCCUUGUAUA